AUGGUUGCUGACCAAAGUCCUUCUCCAAUAGCUCCGCUAAAGCAAGAGCUGCGCCGGGUUAUGGGUGAUGAUGCUAGACUCGACUUUACCUACCUACAGGGCCAUGUAGAGUCAACACCAUAUCCAGGAGUCGCCGAGUUCUUCUCACCUCCAUUCUAUAGACACUGGGAUGGCGACUCCCCAUCUUCUGUCCUUGCCGCAGCAGAGCUUAUAGCCUCUUCGGUCAGCACCAACAAACCGGACGUCAUAUUCGCGCAUUCUGAAGGCGGGGCCGCAGCUCUCUCCACCCUCCUCCACCGCCCACUUAGUGUCCAGUGCCUCGUGCUUCUUUCUCCAUUUCCACCAUUCGACGCGAGCGGGCGCAGGAGGCUAGAUGUCUCGCUUUCUGGAAUACCAUUGGUUCGGAUCCCCACACUUUUCGUACGUGGAGAGAGCGAUCCGUGGGCACACUUCGUUGCCUUGACCGAGGGGCUUGUGGACGAAAGAAACUUGACAGUAUACUCAUGGAAAGGCGGGCAUGAAGUGCCCAAUUCUAGCGAGCGAGGCAUGUGGGCACAGAUAGCGCAAAAGAUGGUGGAAGUUUUGAACAAGGAGUGA